AUGACAAAGCAGACUCGCUACCCACGCUCAACUAUGAGAGACAUCGCUCUGUCGCUACCGAGGGAGUUAGUUGCCAUCCUGGAGCCCUUGCUGGCUUUCAGGGUUGGGGACUACUCCCUCAGGACUUCCUACAAGUCCAACUCCUCCACCCUCUCCAUCUCCUUUGACUUAGGUCAAAGGAAACGGCCUCUGGUCAAAGCUCCGGCCAAGACCAAGCCUAAGGAGAAAACCACCCCGGCCCCUAUCCCUGCUGCACCACGCCCGGUACAGAAGGCUAGGCCGCCCAAAGUGAAGAAGGCUCCACCAGUCGCCGCCAUGGAGAUCCAGGAGAGCCUACCCACCACCCCUCCGCCCCCAACAGCAGCAUUGGAACUCGCUCCCCUCGAAUCCAGAGGGGAGGAGCCCUUUCGCACGCCUGUAGGGACAGGACACGGAACGAAGAAGAGAAAGAGGAAAAGUAUCUCCUCCCCUGACUCCCCCCCCCCCCCCCCCCCAUCACCACCUACAAGCAAGACCACGGAAACACAGACCGCCGUAACACCAGGCCCCUCCCUCAACACCAGCCAAGUCCAAACCGACCCGGUUCCGGAACCAGUUGUUGAGAAAGACGUCCGUGUCGACCUUGCCCAGAAGGCCAGCCUCAUCCUGGAGCAGCACAAGGUCCACCCUAACCCCUGCUACCAGCAUGAGAGCGGCAAGGUAUACCCCAGCAACCGCCCACGCCCACCCAUGGUGCUGGUGCAGUACUGGGGAGAAGAGAGAUUUGAACAUGAAAUCCACAGCUACCAGGAUCUCUCGGAUUUCCUUGUCGACUGCGAUCUUGAAGUCAGCCCCCUCUUCAUCACCAACGCCGCCGCCCGCCUCACCACCGCACUGUUCCAAGCUCUCCCUCCAGGGGAGCUUGACCUAGCCAGGAGGCUCCUGGCUGGGGAGAAACAGUAA